UUCCUUGUUAGUCCUCUGACAAGCGUAAAAAGUUUUCAUCAACAGCCGCCAUUUUGAGCGAAUACGGUCGGGGAAAAACUGGCAUUUUCGGUGAAAAUUUCUCAUCAUUUCGGAAAUUAUUUCACCCGAAACCCAUUUUGAUAUUUUAUUUAAUUACUACUUCUUCCCCAGCGAUUGGAUGGGAACCCGCCAGGCGUUUCAUCAUGUGACGAAAACGAUUUGAAAUCGGCGAUCAUUUUCGUGCUGGGCUUUGUACACGGGAAAUUAAGGUCAAACUGUGCAGGAUACGUCGAUUUAAUACUAUUAUUUGCGUUGCAAUGGUGUAACCAGCUUUUUGUUUAACCGGAGUCUUCAACCAGCAGACAGCCAAUGGAUCACAUCAAGGUAAAACUGGAACAUUCCGGCAUCAAGUAAGACUUAAUUGGUGACUUCUUCGUAACACUGCGAACACGGAGUGGUCCAAUUUUUUCAACAUGGCCGACCUGGAAGGUCCGCCGAACAAGAGGCCGAAGCUAACGGUGCCGAUUUCGACGCCUAGCAGUGACAACAACACAGAGUUGAUGAGGUUACUGGAUCUGCCUGAUGACCUCAAUGGACCCAGCUCAAACAAUGCCAGCUCCCUCUCGGUUGGGGUCUCCAUGGGGUCUGCAACCCCCAGUAACGGAACCGCCCCUGCCUCAGUCAAUGCAGACUCCCACCAGGAUGUGCUCCAGAAGAACAAGCAGCUGUCACGACUGCUGCAGUGCCCCACCAAGAACGUCGGGGGCUCCCCCACGGCCACCAGCACGGCCAGCUCCAACAACAGUCCCAAGCCCAACCAGGCCGGCGGGAGCCCAGCAAUGGGUGGGGUGGGCACCUCACUGGCCAACAACUUGGUGGCCACCAGCUCGACUGGCAUGGCAAUGGGAUCCUUCCAGGCCCAUGCCCAGACCGGUAGGACAGUGACAAAUGUGACCAGUGCCUCCUUGGGCGGCAGCACAAUGGUCACCUUCUCCACUGCCCCUUUCUCGUCGACACCCCAGCUGAACACAAGUGCAAACUCUCCAGGCAACCUCACCUCAAGUGCGGGUCAGCCGCAAAUGAACGGACCCUUUUCUAACAAUAGUGCAAGUAAUUUAGGGGGCGUUCGGAACACUGUUACAAACACUUCGGCCAUGAUAGGCUCCCAAAAUGUUGUCCCCCAGUCUUCACAGGCAGCCAUGCUGGGUAACAUGACAUCAGCCAACCUACAAAACCCUUUGCAGAAGAUUGGAAGGCCCUCAAGCACUCCUCCUGGCAGCCAGUCCAACCUCACCAAUCCCUUCCAGGUCUUCUCCUCGGCCAGCCCCACAAUAUUCUCCUCCGUGGGCUCUACCACCUCAACUCCUUCCCUGCAACUGAACCCCAUGUCCACCUUUACCCCCACCAGCGCCACCACAACUCUCUCAGGCAGUCUGCUGGACAGCCUGAAUAUGUCUAACAUCAGCGUGCCCCCCAACCUGGCCAACAGCCUGCCGGCCAACCUGGCCGGCACCGCCGCUGCCGCCACCAACCUGCCCAACAUGGCCGGCAACGUGCACAGCAACAUGGUUGGGGGAUUCAGCCGGGAUUCGGGCGCGGCGGCGGCAAUGAAUGCCUCGGGAAACCUGGGAGUAAACAUCACCGGUAACCUCCCCUCCUCGAGUCUGCCGUCCAACAUCACCACCAACGUGGCUGGAAACAUACCUGGAAACGUGGCAAGCAGUGUCAAUAUGAAUAUUUCAGGUGGCAUAUCAAUGGGAGGCAUCGCUCAAGGAACUCAGCAGGCCAUGGCUGGUACCCAGCCUGGGGCUGCUGGUGGAACCCAAACCUCACCCGCUGACCUUGGCAAACGCAAGCUGAUCCAGCAGCAGUUGGUGCUCCUCCUGCAUGCGCACAAGUGCCAGCGGCGAGAGAACCAGGCCAACGGGGAGAACAAGCAGUGUGUCCUUCCACACUGCCGCACCAUGAAGAACGUUCUCAACCACAUGACCAAUUGCCAAGAGGGAAAGUCUUGCCAAGUUGCCCACUGUGCCUCAUCAAGGCAGAUUAUCACGCACUGGAAGAACUGCACUCGUAGCGACUGUCCAGUGUGCUUGCCGCUCAAGCAUGCGUCCGACCGACGGCACGCAGAAAAAUUGCUGCACAGUGCCAUGACCGGCCCUCUGCCUGGCUCUACUGCCAUUAGCACAACCAUUGAUCAGAACUCAAUGCAGCGGGCAUACCAGGCCCUGGGCAUCCCAUACAACACCAAGAAUCAGACCAGGCCACCGGGAAUGCCCAACCCCUUGAAUACCUCUGGUAACGUGCCAGGUGCUUUCACUGGUCCCCUGACCACCGCCAGUACCCAGCAGCAGACAGAUGCCAUGCUGCAGUCCUUUGCGCCUGGUAGCAACAGUGGAAGCAACGCUAGCAUGGGUAUCGCCAUGCCCAUUACUGGCAACACACAGCCUUGGCAGCAGUUUGUCACCCAGGAUUUGCGCAAUCACCUUGUCUUUAAAUUAGUUCAAGCAAUAUUUCCAUCACCAGACCCCCAGGCCAUGAAAGACAAGCGAAUGGGAAACCUGGUAGCCUAUGCCCGCAAAGUAGAAAAGGACAUGUACGAGCAAGCCAGCAGUAGGGAGGAGUACUAUCACCUCUUGGCUGAAAAGAUCUACAAGAUCCAGAAGGAGCUAGAGGAGAAGCGACAGAAGAGGAUGCAGGAGACGGGAGGCACUAAUACUGCUGCUGGAGGCAUCCCCACGACGGCAGCUGCAGCGGCAGCACAGCUGUCCCAGCUGCAGCCUCUCCAACAACUGCCUCAGCCCAGGAUGCCCACUCAGAAUGGUCCAUUAAGCAUUGCCCCUGCUACCCCAGCACCUCCUUCCGGCGGCCCAGCCUCAGUCCCCCAGAUGAUGACCCCGCCCACCAGCAUUGCCCCAGCUGGCCAGCUCAACGCCCAGGUCAACCAGAAUCCUUUUGCUCAAUUCCCUCCGCUGACCAGCAGCGUUACUAAUAACAGCAGCAAGCAGCCCCUGCCCAGCGUUGGCAUACAGGGUCUGACGCCGCAGUCCCAGCAGCAACAACAGCAGCAGCCACCAUCGGUGCCAGCAACACCACAAUCACAGGCCAAUCAAGUAAGCAAACAGGGGAUUAUUGCCAAUGCUACUCCUCCAACGCAAUCAGUGGGCAUAAUACCACCGUCCAAUGCUUUGACCAACAACACCACAACUGAAACCACACUGGCUGAGACAAAUCAACAGCAGGUGCAGUCUGGCAGUCUUGGCAAGCAGCCCCCUUCCAUCGAGCAGACAGCCCAGCCAGCCUCCGAAACCACCACACCUGCAGCUACGCCCCAGCCCAAGCAGGAGCCUGCUCUGACACCCAAGGGUGGCAAGCAGACCCCUGCUCCGGCCAGUCUGGAGCCGGGGGUCAAGCAGGAGCCCGUGGACGGCAACCCCUACACCUGCGGGUUUGGCAACGCCUCCCAGCCGGACGGCGUCGGCAGUGGCAAGGGGGGUGGAAAAGGCACUGGCGGUGUGGGGAAGGGCGGUAACGGGCAGGGUGUGGUCAAGCAGGAGGCUGGCGAGACCAAGGAAGUGUCAGUGAAAGCAGAGCCUGGCCAGUCUGCCAGUAGUGACGUACAGCAGAAGCCACCCGUCAAGACUGAACCUACUAAGGCUCCAAGGUCCAAGAAAGUUUUCAAGCCUGACGAACUUCGGCAAGCCUUGAUGCCUACCCUGGAGAAACUGUAUCGUCAGAAUCCAGAGUCUCUACCCUUCCAGCAGCCAGUGGAUCCCAAGACCUUACAAAUACCGGUUUGUGCUCAUCCCUUUUAUGGGUUUUUUUCCCUUGUUUCUUUGGCUUGGAAGAAUGUCAUAAAGACCAAGUCAGGUCUGAAAGAAAAAACCUUGUUUGUCUUGAAAUGAAAAAAGUUGAGUCUUUCUUUGUCCUUGGCAUUACAGUUGAGUUCUUUUGUGCCCACUUUGGGAUCUCUUCCUGACCAGUCUCCCCAGCUAAUGUCUGAUGCGUUCUGCCUUUACUUUACUUUUUGGUUUUUAAUUUGUCGAAAGGGAUAUCAAAAAUACAUUGACUGUUUGAACACGUGUGAAUGCCAGGAAUGCCGUCUUUUGUUCGAGCUACCUCCAGUGGCAGGCGUCCGAAGGCC